UGUACAAAAUUAAGUCACAGUCCCAAGAUUCUUAGAAACAAGACUGCAGUGCUUUUAUGAGUUGAACAAGAUAUGGUGAUGCUAGACUUAGUAUUUAGAGUUUGUAAUCAGCGUAGUACAUAACAAGAAACAACAGGAAUUGAACAAUACGAAUAAUAUGCUGUCUUUCCUUUCCUGGUGCAGACAUCAGCUGUGAUUGCCUACAGCAGGGCAGCCAUGAUAAAGUUAUGAAAGCAACUUCUUUCUCAGAGUCAAGGAAGGCAGCAUGCAUUUUAUUCUGAAUGUUUCUUAAAUUUUAAAAUUAGAGAUGUUACUUAUAUUCAUUUAUAUGCUGAUGAACAUUUAAAGACCAGCAUCAAAGGUUGCACUUAUGUGCAUAACAGUUUUUAGUUCUUAGAUACCUGUCCAUCCUGACUGCAGACAGUGUCAUUUGCUCAGUGUGGUCAAAUCCCAGCGUGUCAACAUGUCACCAUUACAUCUUACACCCCUACAGAUGCCUCUUCAGAGUUAGUGAGGUCUGUUUCACUUCAUCAGUCGCUUCACUUCAUCAUUUCACUUCAUCAUUCGCUUCUCAGAGAUUAUGGGAUGUGUGUGAGUGGACAACACUGAGAUGCAGGAUGUAUUGUAUUUUCAAGAGGACGGGUUGUGUCUUAAAUAGCUUACCUCUAAACGUAACACUGAACAUUAAGUAUGUUCUCACUGCAAAAAUUGCGUAAUCUAGUGUGCUUAAAAGAACCCGUACGCUCUACCAGUGUGUCAUAGAGGACACUUUGUCACACACUUUCUAGCCAAUCAUGCACCACAGAAAGGGAGAGUGGUCAAAAGAUGUAUAUAUAGAGAAAAAUAAACUCAGCAUACUCAGCAAGUACUUAAAUGAACUCUAGCUGCAUCUGCAAAAAUGAGAAACUCUCUGUAUUUAUCUCUCUGUAUUUAUCUUUUAUUCUCAUAUUUACUAGGUUGAAGUCAAUUUAAACAAGUUAGUCUGUCUAGAUAUACAAUGUUUGAAAUGUAUCAGCUAAGUUUGGCAAGGUUAUCCAGUGCAGUACUGUCUUGUGCAUGCCACAUCCCAUAAGCACAUAGUAGUGGUAUGGAAUAUAAUCACACACAUCAUCAUACUGUUAGAAAUAUUCACGUACUUUCAUAUUUUUCAUAUAUAGAUUAGUGAGGUGUAUAUAUUUAAAAAAAACCAAACAGGGCAUAGUAAUUGGUUCCAGACACGGUGGUGAGGUGGGGACAAGGGAGAUAUGUCUGGUGGUCCCAUCUGUCUGGUGGUCAGAAACGUUCUCAUAAACCAACAACAACUGAACCAAUUGUUUUACCUCUCACGAGGUUUACAUUUUUAUAAAACAAAACACUACCUAAAAGGGGAGAAAACAAAAUAUGCAAUAAUUAAACUACUACAGAUCCGAGACUACCGAAUGGUACGCCAAGCGUCUCCGCAGCAAAGGGGAAACUUGGUAAAGCAGUACGUGCAGGAUGUCAAUCGCCGAACCUUCUUUGGAAAUAUGCACCGAAAAUGCAAAAAGAGGAACUGGCAGUGUCAUCAUCCGAACGCACGCUUAUACUGGGUGGACCCUAGGACCCAGGUGAGUCGCUGUGAGGUGCGCUCUCGCCACACUCACGCCUGUCAUGUCAUACGUGCCGCGGAAAACGCGCAACAAGAGCACCGCUGGACCUUCACGUACGCAGCAUCUCCUCCAGAGCAUCCCUCGGGGACAGUGAGAAGCAGAAGUGCGUCAUGGGAGGAGUAGCGUUAGACGACGGCCCAAGCGGCGUGAACGCCCCCGACGGCGGCUGGGGUUGGGCUGUCCUCUUCGGCUGCUUCGUCAUCACCGGCUUCUCGUACGCGUUCCCCAAAGCCGUCAGCGUCUUCGUCAAAGAGCUCAUGAGAGAGUUCGGCGUUGGCUACAGGGACACGGCCUGGGUCUCCUCAAUUAUACUCGCCAUGCUUUAUGGCAGCGGCCCCUUAUGCAGCGUGCUAGUGAAUCGGUUUGGGUGUCGCCCUGUUAUGAUGGUAGGGGGCAUCUUUGCAUCUACGGGGAUGAUCUUGGCAGCGUUUUCCACCAACAUCAUACACAUCUACUUAUGUACUGGAGUAAUAACAGGUCUUGGCUUGGCCCUGAACUUCCAGCCUUCCCUCAUCAUGCUGAACCGAUACUUCAGUGAGAAGCGCCCCCUAGCAAACGGCCUGGCUGCUGCAGGAAGCCCCGUAGCCCUGUGCUGCCUGUCGCCACUGGGGCAGGUCCUCCAGUACUACUAUGGCUGGCGGGGAGGCUUCCUCAUCCUUGGGGGGAUACUGCUCAACUGCUGUGCCUGUGGGGCUCUCAUGAGACCGCUCACCGCCCCAAAGAAAGCAGACACUCCUGGGCAUGAGGACUCGCAGGAGCCUGCCCCAAAGGCCAAGGCCAAGGUCCAGCUUCUGGACUUCAGCGUGUUCAGGGACCGGGGCUUCGUCAUCUACACCGUGGCCGCCUCCAUUAUGGUGCUGGGUCUGUUCGUGCCCCCUCUGUUCGUGGUGAGUUACGCCAAGGAGCUGGGCAACGAGGACACCAAGUCCGCCCUGCUACUCGCAAUACUGGGCUUGGUUGACAUUUUCGCUCGGCCCACGUGCGGCAUCAUCGCCGGCCUGAAGUGGGUCCGCCCGCACUGCGUCUACCUCUUCAGCUUUGCCCUCGUUUUCAACGGCAUCACAGACCUCAUAGGCUCCCAGUCUAAAGACUAUGCGUCUCUCGUGGUCUUCUGCAUCUUCUUCGGCAUCUCCUACGGGAUGGUGGGAGCGCUGCAGUUCGAGGUUCUCAUGGCCAUCGUGGGCACGCAGAAGUUCUCCAGCGCCAUUGGACUGGUGCUUCUCAUGGAGGCCAUAGCUGUGCUAGUCGGACCGCCUUCAGCGGGUCAACUCCUGGACUACACCAAGAACUACAUGUUUGUGUUCCUACUGGCUGGGACUGAGGUGGUGCUCUCCGCCUUUGUGUUAGCGAUAUGCAACUUCCUGUUCAUCAAGAAGAAGCCAGCGCAGACAGAGGCCGCUCUGGAGGCAGGGCAGACAGCCGCAGAGCUGGAGCACCUCAGUAAGACCUCCAGAGAGGAGCCACAGCGGGCCAACGGCGACACGGAAAACCAGGAAGAGCAGAGGAGAAGCAUGGCCCAAGACGACCCAGAAGGCUCCACCCCAACGGAAGCAUUCCAGCAAGACAGACAUGCCCAGAACGGUGCCGUUAGUUCGAAUCCUGAAACCAACCUUUGAGAGAGAAGGCAGAUUAUUCCAACAGCUGGGCAGAAGGAGAGCCAAGGACAUUCCUGUUUAAGAAGAGGUUGAUGAGAUCCAAGUCACAGCAAUAGGCUUCCCUUGGUAUUAAAGUGUGCUUUGUCUAGUUAUUGCCUCAGUCUGUAGUGUGUCAGGAUACUUCAAACACAACUGGACUUGUGAAGACUGGCUUGCCCAGGGCGCACAUUACACUGCCAAACAAGAGAAACAUGACUGAAGAAACUACACAGGUACCGACACGAAGGAACCAUAAAUGCAUCACAGCAUUAAUGUUCUAAGCCUUCCAAAAACCAAAAACAAAACAAUACACACACAACUCUGGCCAUAUACAGUAAAAGGUGAUAGAUAUGCUUUGUCUGUGUAGUUUUCUGUCGGUGUUCGUUACAGAGCUCUGUAUUCAGACGUCAUGUCCAUAGAAUCAAUGUUUUGAGUUAAAGCUCAGAGAUCGUUAGCGUGGCAUUCCAGAAGUACAGGGCAUUCCAAAAUCCAGUCUGAUGGGUGCAUUUUGACUUGUUUUUCCAGAACAGCAUAAUGUACAGUGACAUGUACUUUUGUUUUUUUAAGAUUUUGUUUCCAUUUUUCAAUUGUCUCUUCCAGUAGAUUGGCAGGAAUCUUGUAUCUUCCAGUUAAGCGUGAGAUUUUUAUAGAGGUUGUUAUAUUUGUUAUAGGUUUUUAAAUACUUGUUAAAUUAAUAUUUUAUUUCCUUAGCUGUCCUGUCAUGAGAAGCUAUUGUACUUUUGCUGCUAUCUGGUUGAAGUUCUGUUGUGAGCAUUUUUUUUUUAGUGGCGAGCCAGAGUCUGUUGGGUCCGACCAUGCAUGAACUGGCAAGCAAGCAUACUGGGGAAUAUUCAGAGGUCACAAGGCACCAAAAAUUUCUAAAUUUAUCCAAUAAAUUAUCAAGAGAUUAAAUGAGAACCUCUGUCAGAAGAGACUGCCGUAGACCCUAUUAUGUGCGUUUUACAGGGAGCAAGUGUCAGUAACUAGAGGCGAUAUCAGCCUAAGGCAGAACUCCGCAAUACAAACUACAUGCAAUAUUAAUGCAGUUUCUUUGUGGUCAGUGUCCUGUUAAUUCCACGGAUGAUGACACAUUAUGCAUCACUUCACCCAGAGCAAUGCCUUGCUGCAGUCUGUGAGAAAUAAGACACCAUCUUCCAAGUGUGUGACGCUAUUUCAGGGAGCUUAGCAAGAAAUGAAAUUGAAAACAGAACUACAACAAGAGUUUCUGAGCAUUGGAGAAUUUAUGUACCUGUUUUCAGAUGUGUAUAGUAUUCUAUGCUGGAUAUUAAUUUAUUAUUUUUCUAAAAUUCAGUUUAUAUUUUUAAGACGUACCUCUGAGUUCUGCUGUUAAAACAAAUAUAUAGAAAGCUUGCCAAGUGUACAAUUACAUUCUGUGCUUAUGUGCAACAAAUGAUGGCUAAAAUAGUAAAACUGCUCUUUUGCAAUAAACUUCCAUCAAGCUGA